GCUGGACGCGGCGGCCCGGGCGAUCCUCGAGAGGGCGCGGGCGCGGCCAGGCAGCCCGGCCCCGCCAGGGUCGCGGCCAGGCAGCCCAGCCCCGCCGCGCGGCGCGGCGCCGCAUGCGUCCGCCGCCGCUGCCGGCCAGCCCGCCGAGCCACCGGAGGUGGCGGCGGGCCACCUCGCGGACGCCAUCCCAGAGAUCCGGCGCGUGGCCCUCGGCCUCGACGACUGGUUCCACGCGUGGGGCCGGGACGGCCGCCGCGAAGAAGGGCGGCGCCCGCCGCAUCAGGGCGCGCAGGAGGCGCCCGAGGUUUUCAGCAGGCGGUCGCUGCAGGACGAGGAGAAGCUGUGCUGCGCCCGCCUCUCGGGCCUCAUCGCGCGGGAGCGGCACCGGCAGGAGCAGCAAGCCCGGCAGCAGGCCCAGCGCCUCGAGGAGCGGGAGCGGCUGGCGGGCGAGCUCGCCGCGCCCGCCCCCGCGCCGGGGCCCUGCCGGCGGUGCGAGGCGCGGCUGCGGGAGGUCGCGGAGCUCCUGGGCGCUCUCGCCGCGGUGUGCUCUGCGGUGCACGCUGCCGUGCGGCGGGGCGGCCCCGAGGGCGGGGUCGGCGAGCGGCCCGGCGGCAGCGGGGGCGAGCUGGGAGGCCGGGGCCACGAGCUGGAGGCGCUGGCGCGCGCCCUAGGCCGCGUGGCCGGCCUGGACCCGCGGCUGCAGAGGCUGGUCGACAGCCUGGCCGAGAGGAGGGCCUCGGCUCCGAGAGGCGCUUCUUCGCCCUCCCCUUCCUCCUCGCCCAUCCUGCGGGUGCUGCCCUCGGCCAGAGAGGGUCGAGGGUCAAGUCGGGCUUGGAAUGGGGAUGAGUCGGGGAUGGAUCCAGGACGCAGGCGCGUCUGGAAUGGAUAUGGAAUGCGGGCGGGUCUGGAUUCUUGCCUCGCGGGCCCACAAUGA